AUGUAUGUCAACACAAAGGGAUUCAACCAAAUGGCCAUAAAUACAGCCACACAUGUUAUAUUUGAUUUAGGCGGUACCUUGGCGCUGGAUGUAUCUGCACGCUAUUAUGGCAAGCAAUACAUACGCCAUGAUAAAAACAAACUCAGAGAUGUAGACAAUGUUCCCGAGUUUUUGGUCAAAAUUUGCGAUUCACUUGACCUGAAGGCACCGUUGGCUGAGUUUAUGGCAAUGGUUUAUAAGGAGUUGUCCGCCAAUCCGGUGGAACUGAUCCCAGGUGUGGAUCAAUUAAUAAGACAUUUAUAUCAACACAAUAUACCGAUGGCUAUCGCAACCAAUGGGUCCACAAAAAUAUUUAGUUCAUGUGUCGGACAUUUAAUGCCAUAUUUUGAUGAGUAUUUUACACACUAUGUAUGCGGUGAAGAUGAUCCCGAUGUUAGGCAUAACAAACCGGCGCCCGAUAUAUAUCAGGUGUGCGCCAAACGGUUUGCAUCGCCGCCGGAAUCGCCGCACAAUUGUGUGGUAUUUGAGGACUCGUUGACUGGUAUUACCGGUGCUGUGGCUUCGGGUAUGACUACUGUCUUAAUCAAUGAUACCAUUGAUAGUACUUUUGAUGCAAUUAUGGGUAAAGUGACAGCAAUUUGUAAAAAUGUGAUAUAUUGUGGACCUGAGGAACAGGAGGCGGCCGAAGACAUUUUGAUGCAAUUUUACGAGCGAUUCGGUAAUGGCUUUGAAUGUCCAGAAAAUGCUACAAUUCUUAAGGAGAAAUGCAAUGAAUUUGGCACAAGUGAUAAUUUUUUUAAGGAUGUAAUGAACUCAAUGAGGUGGAUCGGGUUCUUGAAGCCAGAGCUCCGGGGGAUCAUGUUGGAGAGUCCCGACAUUGCAUUUUAUGAGAAAAUGAACACGUUCUGCAAAUUGCCCGAGGACAUGCAAAUUACAUACUGCAAGAUUACAAACGCCAAACUCAACGAGACGAAACAACUGCGCGACCGUUUCCUUGGUUACCUCGAAGAGGUUGUCAAUCAGACAAAAAUCAACUUGGCACAUAUGCUCAUUUCCCGUGACUACUGGGAAAACGUGAUUAAUUUGCACGAUGACCUAGAUGGUUUCAGGAACUUUUCCCGCAGCAGAAUUGAAGUCUAUCCGUCAGCCCUGACCAGAGCUGAGACCGUAUUUGGAGUGAAAGCGGAGGUCAAGUGCGAACUCGGCCCGACAUACCCGGAACCUAAACACAAAUCGUUCACGGUGGCUAUUGCUAAAAUAUUUACCAAGUACCUAGAUACUGCAAUAUAA